CCGAGGCCGCCGUUGGCGUCCCCUUCCCGCGGGCCAUACCCGGGGCCCCGGGACGUCGUCGCGAAGGUGCACGUCGCGGUGUUUAUGUCCGAGGUGACGGCGAGUCCUGGUAAACAACUUCGCACCAGGUUCCUACUGCGCGGGGCUCGACGGCGGGGACGGGGCUGCCGGCGAAUGCGACCUAACCUCUCAAACCCAUGGCGUCGUGGUACUACAACAGCAGGACGACAUCCGCAGUCGCAGAUAUGGAUACGGAGUUGCACCUUGGCUACGACGUGAUGGUGUCGAGUGCCGAGACCCUGGCUGAGGGGGGCCAGGCGCCGCCCCUCCCGCCCAAGACUCCCCCGUCCCCCGGCGUCGGCUCUCUGCAGUCCAUGGCCUCGACGGUGACCUCCAGCGACCUGCUCCCCUACCACUACGCGUCCGCGCUGCCCAAGGAGACGUGGUACUGGCUCUCCCUGCAGGUGGCCGUGCCGUUCCUCAUCGCCGGCGUGGGCACCAUCGGCGCCGGCAUCCUCCUCGGCGAGGUCGAGGAAUGGGAGGUGUUCAGGCACAUCAAGGCCCUCUUCAUCCUGGUGCCCGCCCUGGUGGGCCUCAAGGGCAACCUGGACACGUGCCUCGCGUCGCGGCUGUGCACCCAGGCCAACCUGGGCAACCUGGCGUCCUGGAAGAACAUCUGGAAGCUGUUCCUCUGCAACAUCGCCCUCGUCCAGGUGCAGUCCAUCGUGGCCUCGCUGACGGCGGCCUGCUUCGCCAUCACCGUGAGCGCCCUGAUGGACGGCCUGCCCGACUACCGGCACGCCCUGCUCAUGGCCGCCUCCGCCGUGACCACCGCCACCACGGCCUGCUUCGUCCUCGACACGCUGAUGAUCGUCCUAAUCGUGGCCUCGCACCGCCUCGGGAUCAACCCGGACAACGUGGUCUGCCUCAUGGCCGGGAGCUUCGGCGACAUCGUCUCCCUCUCCGUCCUCAGCACCCUGUCCAGCGCCUUCUUCCAGAUCCAUGAAACCAUGUGGUGGAUGUUCAUCCUGAUCAUCGUGGGCUUCGUGCUGAUGCUGCCGCUGUGGAUGUGGCUGGCGCUGCGCCACAAGCACACCGCCGUCGUGCUGCGCCAGGGCUGGACGCCCGUGCUCUCCGCCCUCUUCAUCAGCGGGCUGGGCGGCAUCGUGCUCGACAAGGUGGUGGGUGACUUCAAGGGCUUCGUCGUCUUCAACCCGAUCGUCAACGGCAUCGGCGGCAACCUGGCGAGCGUGCAGGCGUCGCGCACCGCCACCAUGCUGCACGCCACCAACCCCAUGGGCGUGCUGUCCGACUACUCGCCCAUGUGCGUGUCCCCCUUCCGCGCGCUCUUCUACGGCGUGCCCUCGGCCAAGUCCGCCAGGAUCCUGAUCGCCAUCGCCCUGCCGGGGCAGGCGCUGUUCGCCUUCGUGGCGGACUACAUCCACAACGGCGUGAGCACCAUCACGGCCGAGUUCAUGACGGCCUACCUCGUGGUCGUGCUGGUGCAGGUCAUGAUCAUCCUGUACCUCACGCACGUCCUGGCGCACUUCAUGUGGCGCCGCAAGCUGGACCCGGACAACUCCACCAUCCCGUACCUCACGGCCUGCGCCGACCUCCUCGGCACCAUCCUGCUCGCGGCCGCCUUCAUGCUGCUCCGCCUCAACCACACACCGUACGGCGAGGACUAAAUAAACGAGACGAUCCCAGCGC